CUGUCAAAACGAUAGAUUCUAUUCAUCGGCAGACGAGCAAAAAGUAAAUGUGCUGACGUGAAGUUUCGCAAGUUAUUUGGUGAAUGCUCGAACGAAGUUUAAAAGUCCUGUUGAAAGGUUGGCAUUAAAUGCACACCUCACUUCACACAUUUAUCAGUAGAAUAGUUCUUUAUCGAAUUUGUGCCGCUACUAGUCUAAGUCAGGCCUCAUUUUUCUGCAGCUCGACGUUAUUAGGGCAAAAAUUUCAUCAUCCUGUUCGGCUGAAUCAAUAUCUUUCACAGCAGCGAAAAUAUUUCAGUCAGGACACCGUUGGAUUGAACCGCAAAAAACCAUUCAACUGGGGUUCUAAUAAGAAACAUCGUGAUUUAAAGUUGAAACAACAACUGUUGGAGAAUAUGACACUGGAUCCAAAAAUUGAAGAAGCGUUAGCUCCACUACGGAAUGCCGUCAAGGAACAGGGAGAUCUGGUUCGCAAGUUGAAAAGCGAGAAUGCUCCCGAAAUCGACGUGAAAAAAGCGGUCAAUGAACUGAAGGCUCGGAAAAAGAUUUUAGAGGAAAAGGAGCUCAGCUUAGUGCCGGCAGUUGCCACAUUCGAUCGUGCACGAAUGGAAGAUCUUUUGAAGCGUAGAUUCUUCUAUGAUCAGAGUUUUGCGAUCUACGGUGGAAUUACCGGCCAGUAUGAUUUUGGACCGAUGGGAUGCGCACUGAAGUCCAAUAUGAUCAACACUUGGCGACAGUUUUUCGUUCUGGAAGAGCAAAUGUUGGAAGUGGAUUGUUCAAUUUUAACACCGGAACCUGUCUUGAAAGCUUCCGGGCAUGUGGACCGAUUUGCCGAUUUGAUGGUGAAGGAUGUUAAAAACGGCGAAUGUUUCCGGUUGGACCAUUUGAUAAAGAAUCAUCUGGAGAAAAUAGCGGCAGCGAAAGAUGCCACUCAGGAGCUAAAGGAUGAAUGCACGGAUAUCGUAAUUAAGCUUGACGGUAUGAACAAGAAUGAAAUGAAUGACAUAAUGAAGAAGUUUGCGAUGAAGAGUCCCAUCACUGGUAAUGAUUUAUCGGAACCGAUUGAGUUUAAUCUGAUGUUCGGGACGCAAAUCGGACCAACUGGUCUGGUGAAAGGAUUUCUACGGCCGGAAACUGCUCAAGGAAUUUUCGUAAACUUCAAACGGUUAUUAGAGUUCAACCAGGGAAAGCUUCCAUUCGCGGCUGCUCAAAUUGGAAACUCUUUCCGUAAUGAGAUUUCGCCGCGGUCGGGUCUGAUCCGAGUUCGGGAGUUCACCAUGUGCGAAAUUGAACAUUUCUGCGAUCCUCUGCUGAAGGAUCAUCCCAAGUUUGAGAAUGUUCAGGAUAUCGUGAUGACACUGUAUUCGGCCUGCAACCAAAUGGAUGGAAAAAGUGCUCAACAAAUCACGAUUGGUGAUGCUGUGGCUAGCGGCUUAGUGGCGAAUCAAACUCUUGGCUAUUUCAUGGCUCGCAUUCAACAGUUCAUGCUGAAGAUUGGUAUUUUGCCGGAUCGCUUACGAUUCCGCCAGCACAUGGGCAAUGAAAUGGCUCACUAUGCAUGUGACUGUUGGGAUGCCGAAUGUUUAACUAGUUAUGGUUGGAUCGAAUGCGUUGGCUGUGCCGAUCGAUCAGCUUACGAUCUUACACAGCACAUGAAUGCAACCGGUGUGAAACUUGUAGCGGAAAAGAAAUUUGCCUCUCCAAAAACCGUCGAGGUUACGGAAGUGGUACCGAACAAAGCCGCUAUUGGAAAGACUUUCAAGAAGGAAGCUAAACAUAUAACCGAGCUGCUAGCUAACCUUAGUCUGGCUGAUGUUGAAAAGAUUGGCAAGAGUUUGUCUGAUGCGGGACAGUACAGCCUGGACGUGAAUGGUACGGAAGUGAUUCUCAACAGUGACAUGAUCGCAGUCAAAACCAACACGAAAACCGUUCAUGUCGAAGAAAUUAUUCCAAGUGUGAUCGAACCGUCGUUUGGAGUGGGACGAAUUAUGUAUUCACUGCUAGAGCACAGCUUCCGAAUGCGUGAAGGCGAUGAGCAACGCAGUUUCUUCUCGCUACCGCCGGUUGUAGCACCACUCAAAUGUUCAGUUUUACCACUGAGCAACAAUGCCGAAUUUGCGCCUUUCGUCAAAAAGAUCUCUUCUGCCCUAACCAGCGUCGAUGUUUCCCACAAAGUAGACGACUCUAGUGGAACAAUCGGUCGACGAUAUGCCCGUACGGACGAAAUUGCCAUUCCAUAUGGAAUCACAAUCGACUUCGACACCUUGAACGAACCACACACGGUGACACUACGCGAACGAGACUCAAUGAAGCAGGUUCGAAUCGGGCUGGAUCAAGUCGCUGAAACAGUGCGCAACCUAUCGACCGGAAAACUUAGUUGGAUUGAGGUGGAAAGUCUGUUUCCGAAGUUUGAACAACAGGAAACAAAAGCAAAAUGAUUGGUUUGAAUCAGAAUUUUCUAUUCACGAUACAAAAUGAAUGCAUUUUUCGGCACUAUUGUAGUUGUCUAAGCUUACACUGUUUUAUUAUUACAAUUUGUUUCAAAAUAUAAAUUGCUUCGCAACGCGA